GCCCAGCGACACUAUCGGGAGGCUGUGCACAAUGGCGAGAUCAAGGAUCAUCCACCCGUCCAUGGUGACCUCAACAUCCCAGACAUGGAUAAGCUCAACAAGGUAAUAGAUCCAGCAGUUGCUCCGAAGGCGGUCAAUGUGCUAGGCAAGAAGGGUCCUGUGGAUCCAUCGAAGCUCGACGCAAGCAACACCACCCAACUGGAGCCACUCGUGGACAUGCUGAAGCACGACAAGCAAUACAAGGAGGAACAGAAGGAGCUGAAGAAAAAGGCGGAUGCUGCAAUCCUUCAUUUCCAGAACAGCUACAAGGCCAUGGCAGACAGGGGCAUCAAGGGGGCCGCGUUCGACAAGAGCUCUCUGAUCGAAGACGCAGAGGAGCAGCGGAUCAAGGAGCUUCCAGGGCCCUGGCGACUUUGGGGCUCUUCCGGGCUUCUUCUCGUCCUGGGAGUCGCCGGCGUCUCCUUGGGAAUCGGCUGCAGAAGAGCUCGCGUGGUUGCGGACACUGUGCCCCUGACCGAUGCCUCUGACUUGGAGAAGUAG